AUGGCAAAGAAGGAUCUGAAGCCCUCGGUUCAGCCACCUAGAGCUCCCCUCCUCACCCGACUGUCCUGGCAAAUGAGCGAUGCACUUGAUUACCUCAAGGAGCUGAACUUCCCCCGUAUCAUGUACCAUCUGUUGUCACUUGCCUACCUCUCCUUUAUCGUCUACCUCACCUAUUACGUGCUGCCUUUGCCUGGACACUGGAAUCCAGCACCACACUCUGACAGAGUCGCCAUUGUCUCUCAGGAUCUGAACAACUACUUCAACUCCUUUCGUGGUCUCACCGAGUGCAGCAUUCGUGCUCCUGAUUUGUAUCUGCCUCCCUCGCCGGAUCAGUCGUUGCAGGGCUCUCCCAAUGCCUACUGUCCCAGACGCAAGGACCUCCUGGAGGCCAUGUCAAGUGGUGGUCGGAUCGGGUUUGAUACCCCAUAUUUCCCAAAGGACUGCCACUACCGCUGGUAUUCGGUGGAGGAGAUUUGCAUGAUCCUGGAACGCUUUGACGCCAUCGUCUUCGUGGGCGACUACAGUCUCCAGACCAUCUACAACGGAUUCAGCAUCCUCCUGCGACGAGAUUUGGCCCACGGUGCCCUGAGGACCUGGAGCAUGGACAAGGAAAAGCUCCGCCAGUGCAGAUGUGACAAUCAGUUUACCUCGCAGCCCUGCUCCGAGCACUUCAUCACAUUUAGUGGCGAUCUUACAAACCUUCUGUCAGGCCGAGUCGACCAGCCCUACUUCUGCAGCCGAACACCCCAUUCCUUCCUAGAAAUCAGCACCUCCCCGGCCCCAAUCUCCGUGAUUGGAAAGUUCAAACAGCUCGCCCCACGUGUCAAACGAUCGAACUAUCGCCCCGUCGCCAUCAUUCACAGCCUUUCUCCCAACACCGUGUCUCCAGAAACCGCUGCUGCCUCGCUCGAAGAAUUCUUGGCCCUCGCAGACUCGUCCCAUCGGAAGACACCCAUGCUCUGGGUCGGGCCCUCCGCUUCCGGCCACACCCAGAUCCGCGGCCGGAACGGAAACCAGGAGAUAUGGGAUUUUGAUCGCCAUCUCGCCGUCGUUGCGGAGGACAAUGACGUCGACGUGUUAAGGUUGUGGAAUAUGACGGUGCAGGCAAACAGCUGGGAUGGGAUGCAGUUUGGAGAGAAGGUUGCCAUUACCCAGGCGAUGAUGGUGCUGAAUUGGUUGGGGAGACUGCCCUCUAGCUGA